CGCGAGAUGGAGUUCUUCCAAGUUGGAAAUGUCAAAUGGGUUAAAAGUAUAUUUUGGUAAUACAAGCCGGCUUAGAUCAGCUGGACCCCAGACGUGAAUGAUCUAAACUGAGCGUCAUCGAAAAGUGCAUCGAUCGCGACUCUUCUUAGCGAGGUGUUUUGCUCAGCAGAUCCUUAUUUUGGUAAUCGACGAUUGACCGCCGGUUUUUAUUAGCGAUUACAGCCGCUAUUGUGAUUCCAUCGCGUUUGCUUAUUAUUACGAAAUAACCGUUGCUUCGAGUGACUGCAAAACCGUGCAGAUUACUGAUAUCUGCGUUGUUGUGUUGGGGCACGUCAUUGUAACGGUGAUAUUCAAAUCGCGAACAACAUACGCAGCGAUUUAUACUAGGGAAAUACGAUGAUCGCAACUAAGUAGCAGUCGCAAAUCAAAGUCUUAAUUUUGCAGUCGUGAACUAUUUAGAGCUACAAAUUCUUCAUCGCAGUUCUGACGAGUAGUUUUACAGGUAUAGAAGCUGUGAGAGACAGCCAUGGUCUCUCCGAGAUCCCCAAUCUUGAAAUCAACAAGAUCUGAUGAAAAAAUUCUCCCGCUGGAAUGUUCUGGCAACAGCGAUCGGAUCCGCCAGCCAAGAAUACUCGGGAGAAGUUGGCUGAGCGGCGCGUCAACAUUUACCAGACUUUUGAUAAUUUCAUUCGCUUUUGCUGCUUCAUGGUACAUCAUGUUCACAGUCUAUGUGAUCUUGACUCGUGGAACCAGUCCGAUCAAUGUGCCGGUACAAGAGGAUCUAUUCCAGGAUUACAAUUGGGAUGAAGCUGCUCCGGCGCUCUUUGAUUCCCCUGAUUCCUUUCUGCCGCUAGAACGAGGUGUUCCUAGGCCUCGAAACAAAUACGAUAAUAGUAUCGAUGGCUCGGUUUCAAGUUCUGCUGAAAAUUCUAAUCUAAGAGACAGUCACCGGGAACCCCCUGCGGUUCAACAAUGUCAGAACAUUCCUAGAGUGUUCAGAUUCGAUUGUCAUCCGCAAGAAGGAGCCUCGCAGUCCAGUUGUGCGGCCCGUGGAUGCUGUUGGGAGCCACUUGAUAACCUACACUGUACUGGCAAUGAUUGUGUCAAAAACGUACCAUUGAACGUGCCUUACUGUUAUUACCCGGAGGACUGGCCCACCUAUAAUUUUGUCAAUACGACGCAGGAUGGCAACGAUUUCUCAGGCUAUCUGUUACUCGGAGCUAAAACUUUCUACGAAAACGAUCUUACGUUGAUAAAAAUGGAAUCGACCGGAAUGAGUGAUUCUAUUUUACGGGUUAAGAUCUACGAUCCAUCGAAUCCUCGUUACGAGCCUCCGUGGCCUGUACGAUCUGAUUGGAAUAUUCGUCGUUCCAAAGACAAACGUGACAAGUAUGUCUUCCGAACCGAAGAGUCCACCUCUGGUUUUACGGUCAAACGGAGCGCAGAUAAUACUACCCUGUUCGAUUCUAUCGGCAAGGGUGGUUUCACAUUCGCCGAUCAGUUUCUUCAAUUGCAUUCAACGUUGCCCUCGCAUAACAUUUAUGGCUUGGGUGAGCAUAGAUCGACGCUUAGAUUGGAUACCAAUUGGCAGUCCUUCACCAUGUUCAACCGAGAUCAAGCUCCGGUGGAAAAGACAAAUUUGUACGGUACUCAUCCGUUCUACCUUGUAAUUGAAGAAUCUGGAAACUGUCACGGUGUUUUAUUCUUAAACAGCAAUGCCAUGGACGUAAUAUUGCAACCAGCCCCGGCCAUCACGUUCCGGACAAUAGGAGGAAUUUUUGACGUCUAUUUCUUCCUUGGACCGAGCCCAGCUGAUGUUUUGAGGCAGUAUUCAGAGAUCGUUGGGAAACCGUUUCUUCCGCCAUAUUGGUCUCUCGGUUUCCAUUUGUGCAGAUACGGUUACGGAAGCCUGGCCAAUACCAGAGCAGUGUGGAAUCGAACUCGAAACGCUGGAAUUCCUUUCGAUGUACAAUGGAACGACAUAGACUACAUGGAUCGUAACAAUGACUUCACGUUCGAUACAAAGGCUUACAAAGAGCUGCCUCAGUUUGUCGAAGAGAUUCAUUCGGCGGGUAUGCAUUACAUCCCCAUAAUAGACGCCGGUGUGUCUGCGGCGGAGAAGCCUGGGACUUAUCCUCCGUACGACGAGGGUGUGAAAGACGACAUAUUCAUCAAGGAUGCGGCAACUGAUAAGCCUUUCAUUGCCAAAGUGUGGAAUUCAGUUUCUACCGCCUGGCCAGACUUCACAAAUCCAAAGACUACCGAUUACUAUCAUCGCAUGCUCCAAAACACGUACAAUAUGUUCAAAUUCGACGGAAUAUGGAUAGAUAUGAAUGAGCCAUCCAACUUCUACGACGGUCUUCUCAACGGAUGCGUUAAAAAUAACUUGAACAAUCCUCAAUAUGUGCCAAACGUUCGCGACGGAUCGCUUUCAGCUAAAACGCUGUGCAUGGACGCUAAACAUUACCUGGGACCCCAUUACAACGUCCACAAUACCCAUGGCAUCGGACAAGCAAUCGCCACUAAUUCAGCUUUGACUAAAAUCAGAAAUAAAAGACCAUUCAUAAUAUCGAGAUCAACCUGGGAAGGUUUUGGACAUUAUGCGGGACAUUGGUCAGGAGAUGUUUUCUCGGAGUGGCACGACUUGAGAAUGAGCGUUCAAGAGGUACUGAGCUACGGUCUCUUCCAAAUUCCUAUGGUGGGCGCUGACAUUUGUGGAUUCAACGGUAACACUACUGUGUCCCUGUGCAAUCGUUGGGUACAGCUUGGCGCGUUCUAUCCGUUUUCACGCAACCAUAAUUCUGUCGGAACAAUCGAACAAGAUCCUGUAGCCCUGGGGGAUAUGGUGGUUAAAUCUUCCAGAAAAGCACUGUUGAUUCGGUACAGAUUCCUACCACAUUUGUACACACUGUUUUUCAAGGCUCACAAAUUUGGUGACACCGUAGCGAGGCCAUUGUUCUUCGAAUUCAUUAAUGAUCAAGAAACUUAUGGUAUCGACACUCAAUUCCUGUGGGGCAGCUCGCUUAUGGUUAUACCUGUACUAGAAGAAAAUGCUGUCCAAGUCACUGCCUACAUUCCACGUGGGCCAUGGUACGACUUCUACUCAAAAGCUUUCAUCUUCUCGACUGGAAAAUAUGUGACAUUAAAUGCUCCGCUGGAUACCAUACCGUUGAUGAUUCGUGGUGGGUCCAUUCUGCCCGCACAAACACCAAACGUAACUACGACACUGAGCCGAAAGAAUAAAUUUGAAUUACUCGUCGCGUUGGAUACGAGAGGAUUUGCCAGAGGCGAGAUGUAUUGGGAUGACGGCGAUAGCCUAGAUUCGAUUGAGAAAAAGCAGUAUAAAUGGUUGGAAUUUACCGUCAAAGACCAGAAAUUGACUAACCGUGAGGUUGAGAGAGGAGAUUUCAAUGAAAAUAUGGUUCUUGGAAAAGUCAGCGUGAUGGGUGUUAACAAAAAAGUAAAGAAUGUCUUCUUGAACGGAAAUCAGAUGAAUUUCAUCUACGAUCAACAGAGAUCUUAUUUGAACGUCAAGAAUCUAAAUGUGGAUUUGAAAACGAACUUUGACCUCUCCUGGACAUACGAGUGAGCCUGCUUUACGAAUAAAAUGUUUAUCUACUACUUAAGAUGGAUUUUGUUUUAAUGUGAUAUUUUACAUACCUAGAUAAUAUUAUCUCUUUGCAUGUUUUAUUAUUCAGUUAUAAAGCAAUAUUUUUGAUCAAGGAAUGGAUUGUCGAGUGCAAUCGGUUUCAUAUUAUAACACUUCAGUGAUGUAUAAUAAUUUUUAAGUCAAAUGUUACUCAGUAAAAGACUGAUAAGAAACUUCCUGCGAGCACAAAUCUCGUGAAUUUGUAAAUAAAUAAACGAUAAUUGUUAUACAAAUUUACAACGAAAAA